AUGAUUGAUUGCAGUGGACUUUUUCAUGAAGAUGAAUCAGAAGACUGUCAACAAAAAAGACAACAUACUUGCAAAGAUUGGUGGGCCAGCGGGGCAAAACGAAAUGGAGAAUAUCUUAUUGAUUUAUAUCUAAAUAAGAGUGCUUUGGUAGAAUGCAUAUUCCAAGAGUCAAAAGAUCAAAUCCAUGUAACGACUGUUGUCCAUCAUGAUAACGAGGAAAUUAUAACUGCCAUUACGAAUGGAUUCGAUAUAAGACCAAAAUAUUUUGCAAGUGAUGCACAUAUUGUUAAGUUAAAGCAAAUGGAAAAAUGUCAACAGGCCCUAGAAGUAUAUUGUCAUUUCUCACAAAACUGGAUCUAUAGAUCAUCACUAGAUGGAAGAGAGAUACAUAAUAAACAACAUCAAGGGAACUGUGGAUGUCCUUUUGUCGGCAAUUGUCAUUCGGAUUUCAACAAAUGUAAUUGUGGUACUGAACCAUAUGAUUGGUACUCAGCAGAUGAUAAUGAAAUACGAUCAGACAUUGGUGUUCUAACAAAUAACAAAGAUCUUCCAGUUAAACGGAUACGUACAGUAUGGACAGCAGACGUGGAUACUUUCGUCAAAAUUCAUCUAGGACCAUUAAAAUGUGAAGAAGAUGUUGCAAUAGUGUCAACUGUUUAUUUAUGCAGUAGGGGACAAAGUGUUCCAUCAAAUAUACUAUGUCUAUUAGAUUAUGACGACAAAGGAGAACUGAUUGGCUGUAGAGACCUGUCACAUCUAUCUAACUGUGAACAGUUCCUUUGUCCUCCAGGAUACUUUAAGUGCAAAAAUAGUUACUGCAUUCCACCAAAACUGUUAUGCAAUGGAAUUCAUAAUUGCCCACUAGGCGAAGAUGAAUUUAACUGCAGCAAACCUCUUUGUAGUGGUCUUUUUAGAUGUCACAGUAGUAAUUUGUGUUUAAAUCCAGACAAACGUUGUAAUGGAUUUGCUGAUUGCCCACAAUUUGAUGACGAACUACUCUGUCAUACAGAAUGUGCAGGAACUUUGGAAGAUCGAAGUUUUGCAAGUUUACAAAACUUAGAAAUCCUAGACAUACGACGAAAUAAAAUUAACACAUUUCAGAAAAAUAUAUUUGAAGGUCUUACUAAUCUGAAGGAACUAUACUCGGAUGCCUUCGUAUUUUGUUGCCUGAGACCGGAUUCUGUAAGAGAGGAAGAUUGUGUACCAAAAAGAGAUGAGUUCUCCUCGUGCUCCGAUAUGAUGCGCAAUGACAUACUUAGAACCUGCUUAUGGAUUAUCGGUGGGUGUGGUUUAUUUGGAAACCUGAUUGUUAUUGCUUACCGCAUUUUUUACGACCGAAAAUCGUUGUCAAAGAGUUACGGCAUUUUCAUAACUAGUCUGGGAACUUCAGAUUGUUUGAUGGGUAUAUAUAUGUUGACAAUAGCUUCAGCUGAUGUUAUGUUUCGUGGAAACUACGUGUGGAAUGACCUGUCAUGGCGGUAUGGAGUCGCUUGUAAAAUAGCUGGAAUUCUAUCUACAGUGUCUAGUGAAAGUUCGGUAGUAUUUCUGUUUUUGAUAACUAUCGAUCGGUUUAUCGCGGUCAAAUAUCCAUUUGGGGAAAUAAGGUUUGGAAAGAAAUCAGCAAUACGUAUAUCUGUUGUUGUUUUCAUGACCUCCGUCAUCCUGGCCAUUGUUCCAUUAUAUCCGGGAUCAUAUUUCGACGGAAAUUUCUAUUCACGGUCUGCAGUUUGCCUUGCACUACCGCUCACCAGAGAUAAACCAAAUGGCUGGGAAUAUUCAUUUGGAAUUUUUAUUGUGUUCAAUUUUAUCUUAUUCGUGAUAAUUGCUGUUACCCAGUUAGUGAUAUAUAAAGAAGUUACGAAUCCAAUUCAUAUUAGAUCAACCAAGAAAAACCAGGACUUGACUAUUGCAAGAAAGCUUUUCCUUGUUGUAUUCAGCGACUUUCUAUGUUGGUUUCCAGUUGGCGUAAUGGGAUUGAUGGCAUUACGAGGACAUUCCAUUCCUGCCGAGGUUUAUGCCUGGACUGCUGUAUUUAUUUUGCCAAUCAACUCUGCUUUAAAUCCAUUUCUGUAUACAUUUGCAUCUAUCAGAGGGAACAUGCGUUUGCAGCAAAAGAGGGCAUAUCAAGCUGGGUCUACGACCUCGAAAAGGUCAAACGUUUCUUGGGGCAAUGCACAAGGCAAAAACAAAAGUGUUUCUGAUACAGACGAUGACGGUAUGGUGGAUAACAUUGAAAUAAUGGUCAGACAAUUACUACAUGAGAAUAAAAUCAAGGAAGAUGACGUGCAGUAUAUAAUAAACAAACUCACUAAUAACAUAGACAACAGUAGCAUAAUUGGGGAAAAGUUAAGCACAGUAUGUAAACGAAUUCCGAGUAUUCAAACGAAUAGACAAAACAACGAUGAAGACGAAAUAAGAUAUUAAUUACUCAGCAUGAAAUUCGUUAACAUAGAUAUUGUAUGUUAUUAAUGAAUAUAUAUAUAGCUUAAUUAAAUGCUCUAUUUGUGAUACCACGAAGAAGCUUGAAAUUAAUUUUAACAUCUACACGUGCUGUUCAUUUUUAUUUUACUUUGCCUUGAAAAUAGAUUUAAAAAAUCAUUAUGUCUCUUGUAACUGGUAAAUUCACCCAGAAAAUUAGAAUUUUCAAUUUCUUUGGAUAUUUAUGUUCUAGGCAAAAAAAGAGAGAAAAAAAACCGGAUAAAAGUUUUGAAAAUAUUUUCAAUACAACAGAGAGACAAAAGAAACCAGACGAACAUGCUAACUCAAAAAUUGAAGAUAAAAUGAAAACACCAUGGCUAAAAAAGAAAAGCAAAGACAAACAUACAAAUAAUAGGACACAGCCAAACAUAUAAAACUAAUGAAUAAGCAAUGCAAACUCCACUUGGAGGUGAUCUCAGGUGCUCAGAAAGGUAGGCAGAACCUCUUUCACAUGUGUCAUCCGUUCUGUUGUUUAUCUUAGCACAAACCGGUAACAAUUGUAGGUCAAAUUUAAGAAAAGGGGAGGGGGUUGUAAAUACAAUAUUAGUAUCAUAUCCGCUGUCAUCUGUGAAACGGUUAUUCCAAAACGGUCAAUCAACUCAUGAUUGCAUCUGUAAAAUUAGCUAAGGGACGAUUUCAAAAUCACCAUCUCAAACUUCCAAUUUAAUUACUGCCGUAUAAGCAGCAACCCUAUGUCAAGGAUAUCAUGAUAGAAUAUCUACCUAUAUUGGAUAAUAACCAAAUGUUGUACACAA